ACAUAAGCUUUUAACAAUUUUAGUGUUACAAAAAAAAAGUUUGCAACUCUAGCACAUCAACAUGUCUGUGGUAGUUCAUUCAAGUUUCGCCGCUUUCAGUUUCUGAAGAAGAAGAAGAAGAAAAAACACUGAACAGAACCUCAAAAAUGCCACCCAAAUCUGCAGUACUACACAAACCAUAUUUUUUCUACGGCCACCGUAAACCGACUCAGCAUCGGCCUACAGUACAAGGCGGCCUUUUCUCCAAUCGCCAAACGAUAAACCCCAAUCACCCCACCCCCAAAAACUCACCUUCUUCUUCUGCUAAUUUUGAGCUUCAAAAAUGGGACCCAGAUGGAAAUUUGGGCCUAAAAUCCGAAAAAGACUCAUCUCAUGAAUUUUUCUCUUUGGCUCAACGCUUAUCACCAAUUGGUAGGUAUAUAGUUGAUUCAUUCAGGAAACAUAAGAGUUGGGGCCCACCCCUUGUGGCUGACCUUAACCGUCUACGGCGCGUCACUCCUAAGCUUGUAGCUGAAGUUCUCAAGCACCCUAAUAUUGAUCCUAGAAUUUCCUCCAAGUUCUUCCACUGGGCUGGAAAGCAGAAAGGUUAUAGGCAUGAUUUCUCUUGUUACAAUGCCUUUGCUUAUGGUCUGAAUUGGGUGAAUCAUUUUCGGGCAGCUGAUCAGGUUCCUGAGCUGAUGCAUAUGCAAGGAAAGCCGCCUAGUGAGAAACAAUUUGAAAUCUUGAUCAGAAUGCACAGUGAUGCUAACAGGGGUCUUAGAGUGUACUAUGUCUAUGAGAAAAUGAAGAAAUUUGGGGUAAAACCAAGAGUUUUUCUGUAUAAUAGAAUAAUGGAUGCUUUGGUUAAAACCAAUCAUUUGGACCUGGCUAUGUCAGUUUAUGAUGAUUUCAAGAAGGAUGGGUUGGUGGAGGAUAGUAUGACUUUCAUGAUCUUGAUAAAGGGACUAUGCAGGUUAGGGCGGAUGGAUGAAGUGUUUGAGCUUUUGGGUCGGAUGAGAGAGAAUCUUUGCAAACCUGAUGUGUUUGCUUAUACAGCAAUGGUAAAGAUAUUGGUUGCAGAGCGGAACUUGGAUGGUUGUUCAAAGGUUUGGGAAGAGAUGCAGCGGGAUGCAGUUGAACCCGAUGUUAUUGCUUAUUCAACUUUUAUUAAUGGUUUAUGUAAAAUUAAUCAGGUUGAAAAAGGCUAUGCGUUGUUUAAUGAAAUGAAACAAAAGAAUUAUUUAAUAGAUAGGGCGAUUUAUGGAUCUUUGAUUGAAUCGUUUGUAGCAAAUGGAAAAGUUGGUUUAGCUUGUGAUUUGCUUAAAGAUCUGAUGGACUCGGGCUACAGAGCUGAUUUGGCAAUCUAUAAUUCUCUUAUUGAAGGUUUCUGCAAUGCAAAACUGAUCGAUAGGGCCUAUAAACUUUUCCAAAUCACAGUUCAAGAAGAUCUUCAACCUGACUUUACCACUGUAAGGCCCAUAUUGGUGUCUUAUGCAGAGUCAAAGAGAAUGGAUGAGAUUUGCAAAUUGCUUGAGGAACUGCGGCGAUUGAGCUAUUGCAUUCGUGAUGAUUUAUCCAAAUUCUUUACAUUUAUGGUAGAGAAGGAUGAUAGGAUUAUGAUUGCUUUGGAAGUCUUUGAACAUUUGAAAGAAAAAGAUUAUUGUGGUGUUCCAAUAUAUAACAUUCUUAUGGAAGCUCUCUAUAAGAAUGGUGAGGUGAACAAGUCACUCACAUUGUUCUCUGAAUUGCGCGAUUCAUAUUAUGAACCUGAUUCAUCGACUUACAGCAAUGCUGUCCAAUGUUUUGUAGAGGUCGGAGAUGUACAGGAGGCAUGUAAUUGCUAUAACAGAAUUAAAGAGAUGUCUUUGAUUCCGUCGGUUGCUGCGUAUCGUUCUCUUGUCAAAGGGCUUUGCAAAAUAGGGCAGAUAGAUCCAGCAAUGAUGCUAAUUCGUGACUGCCUAGGCAAUGUGGCGAGUGGCCCUAUUGAGUUUAAGUAUAUUCUCACUAUUAUUCAUGUCUGUAAAACGAAUGAUGCUGAGAAGGUAAUGAAAGUCUUAGAUGAAAUGCUAGAAGAGGGCUAUUCUCCUGAUAAUGUUGUAUAUUGCGCUGUAAUUUCUGGCAUGUGCAAACAUGGAACAAUUGAAGAAGCACGGAAUUUUUUUGCAAAUAUGAGAAAGCGAAAACAUCUUACUGAAGCCGACUUAGUUGUUUAUGAUGAGGUGCUUAUUGACCACAUGAAGAAGAAGACUGCAGACUUGGUGUUGUCUGGAUUGAAAUUUUUUGGUCUGGAAUCAAAGUUAAAAGCAAAGGGGUCUACCCUUUUAGCAGGUUGAAAAUGAAAAUAGGUAACUUGUUAAACAGAUUCUGUCUGUAGUUGUUGGAGGGGCCAAUCUAUCCACCGGAGGAUUAUAAGUGCAUAUUCUCUUUGAGCGUUGAAAGACUACUCUGAUGCUUUUUGAAGGUCAGCUUGACUAAUCCACCAGGCUCUUGUCCAGCUAACAAACACAAGUUGCCAAGGUAAUCUUGUUCAUCAAGGCUGGAGCUGGAGUAACACAAAAUGUUGUAGUUGAGAUUCAAACUUGGGAUCUCCAGGAUUUUGCAGAAAAGAUGAUCAUUCUCAAACAUUUUUGGUGGAUUAACUGCCAGGGGUUCGUCAGCUCCUCUUGGAGCAUUUCUCCACACAGAGACAUGUUCAGUGAAAAAUGUUCUAGUUGGGAGUCAUCUGUUGAUUUAUGAACAGAUCUUUUUAGUUGCAACUUGAAGUUGGAAAGUGAGGUUAUGCAAAAACUGACUGCAUGUUGAAGUAUAUGUUUGGCCGGAUGAAAGCAUUGACAUGGAAGUAUUUGGCUUCUCUCUCUGUGUGUGUUGCUGCGGGUACGAGAGAGAGGGGGGAGGGGGAGAGAGUGAAAGUGAAAGGGACCGUCUUGUUGUUUGGUGAUGUGGAAUGGUUUAACAGUGUCUAAUCGCAAGCUGAAUGAUUUGAUUAUAGGAAAUGGAUCAUGCUUCAAGAACAGCAUCAUGGACGAUGCUACUAACUGUUACGAGAAGGAAUGUAUAUGUGCAAUUGCAGAAAGAUCUGUUGGUUCAAUCCGAUAUGUAAUAAAUAUUCUUUUCUAAACUUCUUAACGACGAGACAAAUAUAUUACCAUACAAAAUAAAAACAAUACAUCUUAGCUGAACGUCUUAAGAUGAUAUUGUUCAUCUUGUGAUAAUGCAAAUGCUGAUUUUGCUAACUUUUGAUUGAUA